AUGGGGAAGUUGUCCAAAGACAGGAGAGACAUUUACUACAGACGAGCGAAAGAAGAGGGCUACCGGGCGCGAUCUGCCUACAAGCUCCUGCAGCUCGACGACGAACUUCACUUUCUCUCCCCUCCUUCUCUCUCCCGACGCCGCAGAGAAGGAAGAAACGCAAACGGAACAUCUUCUCUAAUCGAAGAAGAGACAGAAGAGAGAGAGACUCGAAACUGCGGAGACGGAAAGGCUUCUAGAAAAAACGCGGAGUCUCUGUGUUGCGAAGAAGAAGAGAGAGAAGAGGAAGAAAGAGAAGAAGAAGGAGAAGAAGAAGGAGAAGAAGGAGAAGAAGAAGAUGUGUAUCCUGUGAGAGCUGUCGAUCUGUGUGCUGCACCUGGGAGUUGGUCCCAAGUACUGCGUCGUCGCUUGCGAGACAACUUUCGGCGCAAGCUGGCCCGGUACGAAAAGCAGGUUUCUGAACAAGCGAGAGACUCGGAAAACUCCCCUUCGUCGACCUCUUCUUCUUCUCUCUCUUCUCCUUCGUUGCGUCCACCGGCGCCUCCGUUGAUUGUGGCAGUGGAUCUCCAGGAGAUGGCGCCGAUCCCAGGCGUUCACGCACUGCAGGCAGACAUCACCCACGAGUCGACCGUGAAGGCGAUUUUGGAUUUCUUUGCGCAGCAGCCAGCGGACUUGGUGGUUUGCGACGGAGCGCCUGAUGUGACAGGAAUGCAUGACAUCGACGAGUUCAUUCAGGCGCAGCUGCUCUUCGCGGCGCUCCGCGUUGCCUGCAAGGUUCUCAAGCCUGGCGGCGUCUUCGUCUGCAAAGCGUUUCGCGGCGAGCAGAUUCCUCUGGUGUACGUACAGCUGAAGACGCUCUUCGCCGAGGUCCGCUGCUGCAAGCCGGCCGCAAGUCGAAACAGCAGCAUCGAGGCUUUCCUCGUCUGCAAGGGAUUCGAGCCACUGCCUGUCGGUCUCGACGCAUGUAUUGCCGCAGAGUCAGGAGACAACAACAGAGAACAAGACAGCGAACAAGAAGCAGCUCAGGGCUGUCUGGUUCCCUUUCUCUCCUGUGGGGAUCUGGCGGGGUACGACGCCGACAGAAAUUACCCUGUCGACGACAGACAUGUCUUCCUCCCUCCGACACAGCCCCCCGUCCACCCUCCGUACGAACAAGCUCUCCACUUGAAGAGAGGCUCAGCUUGA